CUCAACACUCUAGUGGCAUUCUUCGUCAGUCUAUAGGUGGUUUGUGGCCCUAUAGCCAGGCAGUGAUUGUGCCCUCAUUUUAUUCAGCCUAUUAAUGCCAACAAUUUUCCAGAUACAGGAUUCAGUUAACUCGCUUUAUUUGAUUCCCUCCCUACACCUGAGAACUUUUUCUUGCUGUGAUGAAGGUUGGAGUAUCUAGAGCGCUGCAGUUGGCAGCGGUGCUGGUAAUUGCGUCAGCAUCAAACGUACUGGCAAGAGCCGUCGACAACAACACGUACGAUAGGCAACGGGAAGCCCUUGUCGCCCAAGACUACUCUAAUUUAAUCGGAUCAUCGGUGGUGCUGACAUCAGAAGAGGAACUGGCUAACCAGAUCCUGGUAGCGCUGAAGCAGCAGGAGCUCGACGAUGCAUUAGAUUCCUCAAACUACCCACCCGCUCGCAACUUUUUAGUCUCGAAGCCGGACAUCGAGCGCUCGCAGGUCUUCUCUUUCAUUCGCUCAAUGCCCAAAGGAGCGGUUCUUCACGGCCACGACACAGGGCUCACGUCCAUCAACUUCGUUGUUCAGAACCUGACGUACUGGGACGGCCUGUACAUCUGCUACCUGGAUUAUGGCCCUAUAUUUAAGUUCUCUGCGAGCCCUCCUUCAGAAGGCGCGUGUCCCGACGCCUGGUCUCUGGUGUCCACUGAGCGCGCCGCUGCGUCGUCUCCGUCUGAUUUCGACGCGGCGCUCUACAAGAACCUCACCAUGGGCGUGGACAACCCACUAGAGGCAUACCCAGACGUGGACGCGGCGUGGGUGAGGUUCAACCAGUACUUCGCGUCCAUGGACGGUAUCCUCUCCUACCGCGCCGCCUUCGAGGCUUACCACACGCAGACCCUCACGGAGAUGCGCGAUGACGGCGUCACUUACCUCGAGUUCCGGGGCGUCCUGCCUCUGCUGCACGAGCUGGACGGUACCGUGCUGACAGCUCAGCAGACCAUCGCUGUAUACAAGAACAUCAGCGACAUCUUCGUCUCUGAUAAUCCAGAGUUUUUCGGAGCGCGUUUCAUUUAUGGGCCGCCCAGAGGUGUUUCUGUGGAGCAAGUGUUCGCAUACGUUGAUCUGGUGAAGGCUUUGAAGACCGAAUUCCCUGAGUACAUCGCCGGCUUCGACCUGGUCGGGCAAGAGGAUCCAGGACCUCCCUUGAAGGACUUCAUCGAGCCUCUCCUCACCCUACAGGACUCCGACCCUGCCAUCGACGUCUUCUACCACGCCGCAGAGACAGAUUGGUACGGGGAGGAUGCCGAUGAGAACUUGUUUGACGCUCUCCUGCUGAACGCAACUCGUAUCGGUCACGGCUACGGUAUCCUGAAGCACCCCGCGCUCAUGCAGCGGGCGCGCGAUACCGCUACUCCUAUUGAGAUCUGCCCCGUGUCUAAUCAGGUUCUUCGCCUGGUUGAAGACCUGAGGAACCAUCCUGGCGUCGCCCUCGCCGCCUCAGGCUUUCCUAUGGUGGUGUCGUCGGAUGACCCUGCCCCGUGGGCGGCGCUGCCGCUGUCGCACGACUUCUACGAGGCCUUCAUGGCGCUGGGUGGUCGUCACGCCGACCUACGCUUCCUCAAACAGCUCGCCAUUAACUCCAUCAAUUUCAGCAGCCUGCCUGCUAUACAAAAGGCAUCACUUCUCCAGCUGUGGACUGAGCAAUGGUCGAACUUCAUCACGAGCGUCAUCAUCAAAUACCAGUCAAUACAUACUAACCUCAUUCCCGAAGAUUGAUUCAUAUAUACUUAUAUAUCAUUUGAGAAAAAAGAGAAAAAUAUUAUUGAACUGAUAUCAUAUAUACUUCUAUAUCAUUUGAGAAAAAAACUAUUGGACCGAUAGAAAACGAGCAACCCUGUAACUGGCUUAAAUAAUUUAUCGUAUUUAGAAUUCAAUUACUAAUUCUACUAUUUCCCGUCUAUCAAACUAAUUGACCGGGAUGCAAAUUCGUAUAUAUAAUUCAAUUACUGUUUAUAUUACUUCUCGUCUAUCAAACUAAUUGACCAGGGUGCAAAUCGCCAGCUUAAUUAUGCUGCAUGAUAUUUAUGUAAAUUAUUCAAUAUUGAAGUAUAUUGACUAAUAUUCGCUGCCGAAUGAUCAUUUGUAUCGAAUUCCAACAAUGUAAAAGACCUUUUUGGAAGUAAAAUUUAUGUUAUAAAUUUAGUUCCUUUUCUCUUCUAAAAUUAGAGUAAAGCAAAUCCAAGACUACGAGGAAUUCAAUUUCCAACGACAGGAAGGCAGAUACAAAUUUAUUAAAUAUUCAAUUGUAAAUAAAAUUCAACAAAUUGUCUUUGUCAAGAGAAUUCAAAGGCAAUGAUUAUUGUAACAGAAUAUUUAGGCGAAUUAUAUAAAAAUUAUUAUAUUUUUUGGGCCAAACUUCAGAGUUAGCUGAAUUGUGAACGAAAAAUUGUCUUGAAAAGUCAUAAAUUUCAUUAAUAAAUAUAAAGUGAAGCAUUAAUAAAUGAAACAGCUGGCGAUGCUAGCUGAAUGUGGCAGCUGGGAGACAGUGAGAGAGUGGCAGCUGGGAGACAGUGAGGGAGUGGCAGCUGGGAGACAGUGAGGGAGUGGCAGCUGGGAGACAGUGAGAGAGUGGCAGCUGGGAGACAGUGAGAGAGUGGCAGCUGGGAGACAGUGAGGGAGUGGCAGAUGCUCGGGAAUGUGAUAAUCA